AUGACGAAGAAUAACUUAGCGACACAUCUCAAAUGGUUAAUAACCCAAGGGAACCCUCUCCACCCCACUCUGGCGCAAACCAGCUUGUCUGAACGCAACAAUCACGUAUCACAGCAAUCUAUUUGCCCCACCGACGAAUUCGCGGCCCUCGAUGAUAUCCUUGAAGACGUGGAGAAUGAGACGGAUGUGUCAAUGGCUAGAUUGUUACCCCAAUCGGCGAGCAAGCCUCGAAUGCUGAGCCGACACGACACGAUCCCCACCAGUACUCCCGCAACUACGAAGAAACGGGCUUCGCCGCAACAGUCAAGCAUAGCUCGAGAGUCCUUCUGUGAACCACCAUUCUCAUCAUACAAGCCUUCUCGGCAAAAGUCGACUCCGUUGCGACCAGACAGUUUCCACGCGCUUGAACACGAUGAUAUUGAAUCGAUCGAUUUGACAGGGGAGCUUGAUCGGUCCAUACUAUCCUCGUCCGAGACUCUCCCGGCUGGUGAGCCGCGCGGGCCAUGGGCAGAAGAAAGCACCCCAUGCGCAACUCGUGAGAAACGCGGCAAGAAGCGCAAAAGUGACGAGUAUACCUCCGAUCUUCUUUCCUCGCCGAAACAUGCGACGAAAGUGCGAACUGCCUCGAAGGCGCCUCUGCUUCCCGCCCCUAAAGACAUUGUAUCGGAACAGCCCACAAUCCCACGUCAGACAACCCAGACAAAUCCCCUAAGCGCGGCGAAACGACCUCAAUAUCAUUCAACUGUUGCCCCACGGAGCCAUCGGAAACAAGUGAUCGCGGAUUCAGAUGAUGACGAUGAUCUCUUUGACGACUGGGUUGAUAAUGAGGAUCCCGCCGACAAGAUGAUCUUGGACGCCGAGGAGAGCUUGUACCCAAUACUCCCCGAGAUGAGUCCAGCAGCGGAUGAGAAAAAGAUUGAGAUCAAGCAUUUGCCAUUGGAAUCUACGCCUAAAGCAUCGUUUCCAACUGCGCAGCCAUCGACUCAGCCGAAGGAAAGGGCAGUUGCCAAAGACCCUAUCCCGUCGACACCUUGGUCGAAGCCAUCCAGCUCAGAGGAGAAAGAUCCGGAUUUUCUGAAGUUUUUAACCCUUGGAAACAAUGCCUUCGGGCAUGCAAUUUCCAAAUUGAGGUCUACUCUGCAGAAGAAUUCUGAAAUUGUUUAUCAACAGGCCAUGGAGGGUCACCCAGUUCCAGAAUUGAUCGCCGAGAACAAGACUCUUGUUGCUCAGAUCGAGGCAAUCGAGUUGUUGCAAAAACAUCAAAACACGCACAGGGGCUGUGUUUCUCGCAAGCAAGACCUGAAGCAAAACUUGAUACGUGUGAUCUCACAAGGUCUAGACCCAACAACUAUGCCAGAAGAGCUUGCGCAGAGUCGAGCAGUUGAGGCAGAGUUGGAAGAAACCGAAUCAAAAAUCUGUGAGCUUCUAUCUCGAGCCAAUAUCCUCGAGUUAGCGCAUGAUUGCCCAUCCGACCCCCCUCCCAUGAAACAUACUCAGCCCACCUCCAAAGCCCACGCAGUCGCACGGGAGCCCCCUCUUUUCUCUUCUUCGCGGACCGCCUUGGAAACAGAAUUCCGUGACCAGCAGCCUUUGCCCCCAACAAGUCCUAAAAAGAAUAAAGAGACAAAUCGGCCGGAUAGCUAUGAAAACCGUGUUUCGCGGAAUAUGGGCACCCCGCCGUUCGAUUCAAUGGAUCUCGAUGAGUUCGACUGGAAUGUCAGCGACGAUGAGAUAUUGGAGGCGGCAGAAGGCUUCGAUGACGUCUGGCAACAUCCCCAAAGCCCCCGUUCCGAAGAAGUCGCCCGGUCAUAG